GGGCUGGGUGCGUGGCGGCGGGAGAGGAGGACCCCAGCCCGCGCGGGGUCGCCCGCGCCCGGGGCCCGCGCACAGGGCGGGAGCGCUCAAGCUGCUGGUCCCGAGGAGCUCUGCGCCCUUGGCUGCGUCUGGGUCCUGGGAAGGCGUCAGGUUUCUAGAAGCAGGGUGGAACAGAAGCCAGACACACCCCUCCCCCCCAGCCUGGCGUUGCUGGAUAAUGGCAGUUGGGCCAAGGGUGAGCAGGGCCCUCAACUCUGUGGCCCAGACCUCGAGGGAACCAAAGGUGUCCUCAGCCGUGGAAGAGGAGAAUCUGGACAGCACAACCAAAAAGGAAGGCAGCCCCUUGGAGCAGACACAUUUGUCACAGGAAGCCACAUCAAACCCUGGGCCCCCUGUGGGGCAUCCCCCUCUGCUUGAUUCUGGGGAGGUGGAUAGCUCCAGGAAGGAGACCAGCCAGCCCUGGGGGCCAACCCAGGAGUGGGUAAAGGAAGAAGGAGGCACCAGGGAAGAGAAAGUGCUUGACUGGCUGAAGCCGAUGGAAUCCGUGCAGAAGACGUUCCCGUGGGUGGGCGAGGUGGCAACUGCCCUGAAGGCAGCCAUGAAAACAGAGAGCUGGUGGGAAGCGUGGGUGCAGAAGCCAGUCACCUUUGAGGAUGUGGCAGUGAAUUUCUCGCAGGAAGAGUGGGAAUGUCUCGGUGCCAGUCAGAGGGUCCUUUACCAGGAUGUCAUGUCAGAGACCUUCAGGAACCUAGAGUCUGUGGCCAGAGCCUUUCUGCAUAAACCAGAUCUGGUCAGCAAGCUGGAGCAAGAAGAGGAGCAGUGGAGAGCGUGUCUCCAUCCCCCAGACAGAGAAGGGCUCCUUUCAGCCUGCGCCUUUCCAGCCGGCUCAGACAUGAGGUGGAAGAGACCUUGUGAUCACAGUCUCCAGUCCCUUGGCUUCAAGAUGACUGUCAGCCUUUCGGGGCACGGGAAUGUCUAGAGAUUGAGAGAGUACAUUCUUCUUCCUCAUUCUCCACAAGAGACAAGGAGGAGGGCUCGUCAUGAAACAAGAGCAGAAUCUGAU